UAUGUAUGUUGUUUUGUUGUAAGUGACUACCACCGGCCAUCAAAACAAUCAAUUUUCGCUCCAAGACUACCAGCACGUUCGUAUGAUUUGUUCAUCGUCGAACAAGAUCGUGAAAUUCUCGGAAAGAUUCGGAAAACGUUCUUUUCGUCCGAAGCUUGUUGACCGUUCGUGACGCGUCUUGAGGUUGCAUUGAGCUCGUGCUAACUUGAAUUAAAGGUCACGUUAAGUCUCUUUCUCGAAAGGAAAGCUUGAUAAUAGGAGAGAAUAUCAAUGUAGGAAAUUCUAAUUACAAUCAUUCUGCAGCUCCGCGGUCAGGUUGUAUGGUGUGAGAACACACUGGUGCGAGAUUCGACUGUCAUCAAACUACAUGAAUGCAGGACUUGCAGAACUUGCAGAGCAGUCCGUUGAACCAGACUCAACUUAAAUACACCUCGAAGAUUACGAAAAGUUCAACAAAUGGUCUUCAAACCUACAGCCUUGUAACGAUCCUCCAAUCUCAUGGGUACCAUCAAGAUGUUUGCAUUUCUUUAACUGCGGCUGGAUUGGUAGAUAAUUUUUCGUCUUCAUCAGUGAGUAGAUUGCUCAUUUGGAAUCUACAGAGCACGCGAGAUUUCACCGCAAAUGAACGAGCUAUGGAUUCGAACAUUGUCCUUGUUUUCAUAGGAAUUCAUCUUGUUCUUCAUGCAUUUUGUGUCAGGGAAGUUUUAGGGGAAUGUGGAGGUCAUAGGGAUAGUUCCUCAGGGACCAUUGAAUCUCCUAAUUAUCCAAAUGGGUACCCUGUAGAACAGAACUGUAUCUGGACUGUAGCUGUUGAAGGUUCGGUGAAAAACAUUAAAUUGUCAUUCAGUUCUUUUGACCUUCAGCCCAGAUCUGCAGAUGGGGAAUGUACAGAUUAUGUUGCAGUUUUCCGUAAACAGUUGAAAAAGGAAGCAGGAGUUGUUCUUGAGGCAAGGAUCUGUGGAAGCGCCCUACCAGACUCUAUGCAGAUAGAAGAGUCAUCAAUGACAGUGCAGUUUGUUUCUGACUCAAUAACUGGUUUCUAUUCAGGCUUUUCUCUCCAUUAUGAAACCAACUUCAAAGAGAGUUCUUCUGUUUCCCAAGCCACUGCUGGCAUUGUUGCUGCUGUCUUCUGUGCAAUAGUCUUUAUUGGAGUUGGUAUGCUGCGCUGCAUUAUGUUAGGAGGAUGCAACUGUGGUGGUAGAGAUCUGAGAGACAAUAAUCAUAACCAACAGGUGAUUGGUCACAGUGAAUCAUAUACAUAUCAAGGGGAUUUUCCUCCUUCUUACAGCACAGUCAUGCAUCAUCCAGAGAGAUAUCCCACACCAGAAUCCAGCCCCAGGGCACAGAACAGUAACGUACCACCACAUCAGAACCUGAAUGGAAGAACAUUUUCUGUUGGAUCAAGCAGCAGCUCUGAUGAGGAUGAUGAGGAUUUUCCUCCCCCACCCUACCCAGGCAAUGUCACUCAAGGAGCUGAUGGUGAUUUUGAUGUCGAUGAUGUAAAUACAAAUAAUUCAACAGAAAAUGGACCAAACACUGUUAACAAUAAUGAUGAAAUGAAUACAAAUAUCACUGAAGAACACUCAAGUUAUCCUGAAGCUACAACUGUUGAUGUGGCUGAUGAAGAUACAAAUAGUGCAUCAUGUGAUGAACCCAACAUUGUUAGCAAUGAUGAUGAAGUGACUGUGAAUUUGAAUGAAGAGCAAUCAAGGGAAGAUGGUGUUAAUUCUCAUGAGGUUCCUCCUUCAGAGGUUGGAGUAGAGCAGAGUUCCUCAACAGCUGGAACUGAAGGUAAUGUGUUGGAUGUAGACACAACAGCACACAGCAGCCAACAAGAAGGCAAUAGAGAAAACUGUGAAACAUCACAAACUGGUGAAAUACUUGAAGAGAUAGAAAGUUUUGUUUGAAAAUGUUUGAUCAACCAACUCCAAAUUUGUGGCUUUUAAUUUACUGGGCAUUCCUCACAUCUAAAAUUUAGAUGAUAAAAGUUACUUAAUCUUCCUUCAGUUUCUCUUAACACUUAGGGUACUUCACACUCCUUCAUAAGGAUAGUCCUAUUCUUACUAUUUAGAUAGCAAAGAAGCCUCUAAUCAACUAAGCCUUCACUUAAGUAAUGGAAGAUAUACUUUUAUAUUUGAAAGCUCAACCCGAAAAUUCUUUAGUUGUUGUCAUAACUCAAAAUAUGAAGUCACUCUGAGUUGUCUUUUUAUUAUUUUUUUAAGCCUUUAGUCAUAGCUCUUGGAUUUAUUUCAUAAAUGUCUAUCCCUUUCAAUGAUGUACAGUAAAACUGAAUGAACUUUUGAUUUCAUUCCACUUUGCAAUUAUCCCAUUUCCUAUGAAUGGUGUCUUGGUUAGGAGUUUGUGUGGAGCAACUUUAGAAAGUACAUGGAAUAAAAUGCAGCAAAUUUUCAAAUUGUAUUCUGCUCAAGAAUCUUGACACGGAGAUGUGCCAGUACAUUUGAAAAUUGUUCAAAGUAGGUUGAUCCCUUGACUCCCAAGAUCUGUAUGUUAAUUCUAGCCUAUCAGUGCUACACAUUAUCUUCUAAAGUAGUUAUGAGAAUUUGGUGUUCUUAGAUCAAAAGAACAGCUUCUACCUUAUAAGUGUGAGUUUCUCACUAACUGUUUGCUGGGUACUGUUUGGUUAUUACAGGGAGAAGUUACAUGUUAAUCAUGUCUGGAAGUUCAAGAAUUUACAGCACACAGUAGGUAGGGAGAAGGAAGUCACGUACCAUGCACAAAGAAUGUUGUCGUGACAAACCUGCAAAGUUGCAUUUAAUUACAAACUUUAAUAUAGGUUUUGAAAUUGGUAUAAAUAGCUGUGAUAUGUAGUAUCCAGUGACAAAACAAUUUAAUUAUGCACAUUCAUUUGAAUAAUUUGACAUAUUUAUGCAAACGGUAUUACUUGAGAGAAUAAAAUAUAUGAUUUAUUCUGCAUAGCGCACUCAAAAAGGGAAGGUCAGGGAACCUAAGAACCACAAAGAAAAACCCUAUUUCUACCUUUAUUUACCUGUUCUAUAGGUAAGCAAUACAAAAUUGUUAAUAUUUAAUAGAGAUGGCAAUCAAAGCAAAAUCUGUAGAUCCAUAGAAAAAUGUAUUAAUAUUUAUAAAAUGUAUUCACCAGUACCAUCAAGUGUGUUCAUCUUAUUUAAUCUUGUCUGUUCACGGCUGUUUUAUAACUCGCUUGCAAGGUUUUUUCUUUUGGAGAGAGGAGAAUGGAUCUUUUAGCGAACCAUAGGAGAUAAAAUGGCAA